GCGACACGGCAUGUUUCGGCCAUAAAAUGUAUUAAAAUUCUGCUUGGAAAUUUACUAAAAUCCGUAUAUAAAUGUGUAAAUAGCAGCUACAAUGAACAAUUUCAUAAGUGAUAAAUGGACAAGUGUUUCAGAGUCGAGCACUGACCGCAGAGCCGCCUUCCAUCAGACAGAUUGAAAAAUUCUUUCACAGAUACACACCACAAACUCUGAGAACACAUACGGAGCACAGUUUAGUUAUAGAGAUUUUUCUUUGUAGUCAAGGUGCGACGUCAAACCCGUAAAAAAUUGCAAAUUUAUUGAAAAAACUAACAAUUUUCGAGAAUGCGAAGUCCCUCGGCAGCAGUUUCGGCAAUGCAAAGGACUUGUCUGAUAUAAUGACUGGCAGCUUCAGGGUGCAACUCAUCAACAUGGGCACUCGCGCUGCCGCCUUUCAGGCAAAACUGAGAGCCCUUCAUGAAUACCAUGUACGCCUCUUGCACAACGUCUUACCUGCGCCCUCUGGCGUCGAUAUUGCUAACAAUAUCAAAUACUUUUCUCAAACUCUACUAACUGUCCUUAAAGAUGUGCGCACCUCUCCGCAUGAGCUUAUCUGCGAUCCUCUCGAAGAUCCCACACGCAUGUCCGCCUACCCAAAUCUCGAAUAUGGCAAUCUCUAUAAUGCCUUAACCAUGCUCAUUGAUGUGGCACCCUGUAUACAGUAUGGCCAAAUCGUUUUCGGCAAAGCUUUGCUACAGUGUCUAAGCUGCAUAUUACCCUUUCUCGAUAAGGAUCUUAUUGAUAAUCUACCCUAUCUAGUUAGCUCUACUAUAUCUGUACUACCGCCAGCCUUGCAUCAGGAUAUUGUCAAUGCACUGUGCUACUAUAUCUUACCCUUUACCAUAACACGUCGCAGCGCCGAUGAGCAGGAAUGCCAAGCCUGCCAGUCUGUCUCCUCUGUCAUCAUGAUGGUACUGCAAUACUCGAAAAAUCCAGCACAUCACUGUCAACUACUGGAGUGUCUGAUGACUCUGAAGCAUAAUGUGGUCAAGGACAUACUCUGCGUGGUGGCCUAUGGCACUGCUGUUUCCCGUUCCUCCGCUGCCAAGCUGCUCUUCUACUACUGGCCCGCAUUUGAUCCCAAUCUUUUCGAUCGCAAGGUUCUGCUCUCUAAACUUACCAAUGACUUGCUACCAUUCACCUGUCAACGCGAUCAAUGCCCCAAUGCUGGCAAUGCCGAGGCCGCCAAGGUAUGCUACGAUCAUAGCAUUUGCAUCACCUAUGCACAGGACUGUCCGCCGCCAUUGUAUCUGUGCAUCGAGUGCGCCAACGAGAUACAUCGGGAGCACGCUAAUCUGGAGUUUGGCGAUAUACUGCAUCCCAUGCAACAGGUGUCCAUGGUGUGCGAGAACAAAAACUGUCGAUCCAACGAGAAGUCCGCCUUCUCCAUAUGCUUCUCGACCGAAUGCGCCGCCUUCAACGGCAAUCAUCCCAUUCGCUAUUGCGCCCAGUGCCACAGCAACCGUCAUAACUCCCGUCGCGGUGGUGAUCAUGUGGUGCAUCGCAGCCUGCAGCCAGCCUGGCAAAUGGACCCGGAGAUGCAAAUGCACAUGGUCGAGUCGGUGGUCAGUCUGCUGCGAGAGGCCAAGCCUCUGAACUUUGAGCCGGGCAAGGAGUCCCCGUCGGAGACGAAGAAGAACGGCGCUGCCCUCACACCGGACAACAUUUCUCUCGAGGAGCGUCAGAUGCUGGGCCGCUAUGGCAUUUGGUUGCUGGUAGGACGUUGUACUCCCACCGUCGAUACACCAGUCGAGGUUCUGGGACGCAUUCUGAGCAUGCUCUUUCACUGGUUCCAUGUCACGGCCUAUUCAUACGAUGCUGCUGGACAGAUUGAGAGCACCAUAGAGAAGCUUAAAAUGGAUCACGUCUGCGACUGGCUAAAGGAGAUUUGUCGCAUACACUACAACGUGUUCAUCUCCUGUCUGCUGCCGCAUCCGCCAGAGUACGCUCGGGUGGGUGGUCACUGGGAAACGCUCGCCUCACGCACCAGCCACCUGAAGGAGGGUCUGCAGCGUCUGAUCUGCCUGGUGCCCUACGAAGUGAUCACCUCGGAGAUAUGGGACUAUGUGAUGCCGCACUGGAUGGAGGCCAUUACCAAUGAUGUGGCCGAAAAGGAGCUAAACGAGCUUAAAAUUGUGCUCAGCAAAAUACUCGAUCCGGAAAUGUCACCGCUCGGCUUCGAUGCCAAGACCAUGUACAACUUUGUGGCCAUACGAUUCGAAAAGACAACGGCCAAGGUGCAGCAACAGGCGCUCCACUGGCUGCAGAUUCUCACCAAGCUGGAAAUACUCAUACCGCUCGUGCAGCUCUUUGCCAUGUUCGGCGACGGGGUGCGCAUCAUGAAAUACGGCAUACAGCACGAGCUUAUGCGGGAGAAGGAGAAGGAAAAGGAGCCGCAAACUCAACAGCAGGCAAAAGCGCCCAAGACACCGUGCAAGGAGAGCAAAGCCGAAAUGGCCAAUCCACCCAGGCGCAGUUCCAUUUCGCCCGUUGUGGAGGAUGACUCCGGCAAUACAUCGGCAAUAUCGGACGAUGAGGCGCCCACCAACCGGCACACGGAGUUCUCUACAGAUGCCGAGCACAACUUAACUUGCUGCAUACUCAUGCUGGACAUUCUGCUCAAGCAAAUGGAGCUGCAGGACGUGGAGCAGCACAUGGGCAUACACACUAGCGUGUGCGAAAAUGUCUCUCGCCUCAUCAAGUGCAUGGUAACAGCGGCCCGGGUGGGUCUAAGUAGUCACGUCUGUGCAUUAAAGGUGGCGGAGUGUGCCUACUGCGAGGCCUCCACGAUGUGGCAUCAGCUGUCGACCAAGCUGGUUGAGUUUAUGGCCCCACUGCAUCCUGUUAGACCACCCGAUGUGCCAAUUGAGGAUAUCAUCGAAGAGGAAAAGUCGUCACGCAAAUCGCCGCCCGAAUCCGACAAAGAGAAAUCUCGUGAUCGUGAUGUUUCGCUCUCCAUGGCACCGUUGCCCAUUCCGCUGGGUCCACUCGGAGGCUUUGCAGAUAUCUUUAAGCUAGAUCAAUUCUUUUCAGACGAUGGAAAAAUUAUUAUAAUGGCAGGUCCCAUGCCCGUGGCCGUGCCCCAACCAGAGCCGCACUCAGUGGGCGGGGUGCUCGUCCAUAUGCCCCACGUUUGUUCCAAUAACGAAAAUGGGCAUUCAGUUGAUAAUAAUGAAUUGAGAAAAGUUCACGCCACAGACGAGAUCAUGACGGCCACCGUAGAAACAGUUUCGGAGCAACUGGACUUGGCUUCCUUCCUGCCCACGGACAGGGCUAUAGCACGGUCCAUAACACUGUCCGAUGCGGAUGUGGGCAGCGCCAAUGUCAGCGUCACCAAGGCAUCCGUUAUGGGUGAGAAUGGCGCCAAUGGCAGCACAGCCGGCGGCGGCGAGAAUGGCAGCGGUUCCGAGGACGACGAGGAGGAAGAGGACAGUGAUGAUUUCUGGCACACAUCGGUGGGCAAGUUUAAGUUCACGCUGGAUCAGCUACCCCAACCACUGCAGUACAUACACCAGUUGCUCACGGAAAUACCCACCAUUAAGAAACCGGAGAUACUUUAUUAUGUGUUGCAAUGCCUGAAGACGAUGGCGCUGCACGGCGAUGCCUUGGCCAAGGCCGCCAAGGAGCAGCGCGGCUUCUUCAUAUGGUGCCAGGAGAAUUUGUUAAUCAAAAACCUGUGGGAGCUGUGCAACGCGGAACACUCACACAUCUGUCAGGUGGGCGUGCCGCUGCUGCUGCACUGCAUCACAUUGCCGCUGGGCUCGGACGUUUUCUGGCGCGUGGUGCAGGAGGCCUUUCACGAUGCCGAUUGGCGUGUCCGCUUCACAGCAGUUGAACGAGUAACCGUAAUUACACGUUUUAUGGAUUCGACACCGCUGCGCUCCGAGGUGGGGCUCCAAACGGCAAUGGCCACCGCCUUCUGUCAUCUUAUCGCCAGCAUGGAUGACAUCAAUGUGUAUGUGGCGCAGCGGGCGACUCUCUACAUCGGAACCAUACAUGAUACGGCAAUACGGUCACUGCUCUUCUGCUUGGAGUCGCAAUUCGAUCUGUUUAUUGUCGAUCGACCCGUGGUUCUGCAGUCGGUAUAUCAGCUGCACAAUUCCCUAUCCGAUCGCAAGUUGCUCGGCUGGGAUUUCUUUCUCAAUCGCUUCGAUACGCUCUUUGUGGAGGCGCAAAUCAAUCUGGAAAAGUGCGGAGACAUUUCCUAUCUGCGAGACUUACGCAACUCGGACAACGGCAGCGAGGCGCUCUCUGCCAAAAUACUGAAAGCCAGAGAGGCACUGAGCCAGUCGGACACCAGCGGCAGCAUGGCCAAGACCCUAAGCGCCUCCUUCGGCACCAAGUGGCCCUACAAAAGAACAAUGUCUGCUCCAGCCAGCAUGGCACCCCGCCAGGACUCUAAAUUCGUACCCGAAAAGGAGAAAAUCUACAGUCGGCAGGUGUCGGCACCCAUACUCAAGCGGAAGACUUCGCGCUUCGGAUUGGGUCAGUUCCUAGGCAGUAGUAGUGGCAACCAAAAUACCAGUACAGCUAGUCAUAGUGUGGCCACAACUAGUAUUACAUUGCAUACACGAUCCAAAGCGCCACCGCCAUGUCCCGUACACCAUUCCCAACACACGGCCUUUCCCUAUCAACCCACACAGCAUCAACACCCACACACACACGCGCACCCACACCCACACGCACACCCACACCCACACGCACACCAACACCCACACGCACACGCACACCCUUCACAACACCAUCCGCAUUCACAUCCCCAGUACGCUGGUAGUAGUGCACAAGUAGCUACGUUUGCCUCGGCUCAUAGUCAAAGUCACCAGUAUUUAGUGCAUUGUGUACCGCCUAGUCAUCAUAGUCCAAUGCCCACGCUGCAGGAGGCGGAGACAUUGCUGCGCGCCCAGGCUGCCCAGCAAACAGCCUCCGUGCAGUCGAGCAUGGCGUCCACGCAGCAACAGAGCGCAGAACAGUCGCGUACCAUACAGACUACAGUGGUGGCAACGACAAGCGGUACGGCAACUUCGGGUAGUUGCUCGGUGGGUGCCGCUAGUGGCCACGCGUUUGCCACCUCCUUUCACUCCCAUUUCCAAAAGCAUCCUUCGGCGCCGAACUUGCUGCCGCUGCAGCCACCGGUGGCCGCGCCUAGUCCCAGUCCCUCGGCACUGGCCUAUCCCAUGCAUUGCACUUGUGAUGUCGCUCCGCAGCCGGGUGCCAACAUAGCGGGUAACACGGGCAGCACCACGGUCAAUCCAGAUGGACAUAUUCACUCGCUGGGCGGACUCAACGAUGAGAAUCUUAUUGGAUUGCUUAGCCGCAUUACGGAGCUGGAGGAAUCGGAUCGAGAGACAAUUCAUUUGCUCGUCUUUAUGCUGAUGCAGUUCAUGUCGCGCACGGAUCAAGCCUUUCCAACCGAGGACAAGCCCAUGACGAGAACCCAAAAUAUUGUUUUGAAACAUUUGUUCUUACUUCUGGGACACAAUCAGAUAGACAAGACUUUCCAUACCACGCCCGAGUCGCUGCGCGUUUCGGCCGUGUUCAAUGCAUUUUUGGCCAAUUUGGCGCAAGUCUUGGAUCAAAAUCAUUUGAUUGGAGGUCUUAUAUUGCCGUCUGUCAUGCAAAUCAUUCUGUAUGCACCCAAUCCGACAAACACUCCGGGCGAAUCGUAUCAGAAUAUUGUCUUCAACUAUUCGCUGUGGCAUCUGGAGCAGUAUCCGCGCCGCAAUUGGCUAUUCACGCUGCUGGUCGUCCUCUAUAAGUACUCCUAUACACAGCCACCGCUCAGUGGAUAUGUGAUCUCCGCCAUUCGCAUGAUUAUGAACAGUCUGCGCGGCCACUUCCAUCAGUGCCGGCGCAUUCCCACCACCACCGUACUGGAUAUACAGACAAGCGUUGGCGGAACAGCACGAUCGCGUGACGUUAGCCAGCCCUCGUUGGGCACAGAUCCCGAUGACAAGGAGGCCAGCCCACCAGCCAGCCCCAUGUUCCCAUCCGAAGGCACCAGCGCUGCCUCCAAGAGCAAAGCUCAAAAUGUUGCCUUUACACCCAAACUGCAGCAUGCUUUUCGCAAGUACAACGACUCUAGCCUGGAUGCGGACGAAACCGAAUCCGAACUGGUGGCCAUACCCGAGAGUGAUCUCUCCGAUAGCACACUACAUGGCAGCAGUGCGCCGGGCUCCUUCGAUGACACAGUCCACUUUGAAGAUGUCCUGCCCUCGAAAACAGAAUCGCUGCGGAAUCGUCGCGCCAUGGACUACUCCGAGGAAAAAUCGACCAAAUCGCUGAAAUCGAUGAUCACCACAAAAACUGGAGACACCUACUCCACAAAAAUCAAGCCUAGCAGCGAGUCCGUCAGCACCACCGUGGUGACGACCCAUACGCGUCACAGCCUGCAGGAGGGCGUGCGCAUGAUUGUGACUCCUCUGGUGGGCUCGGAAACGACGGAGACAGCGAUUGUUAGCCCGCCCGUGGAUGUGCAUCGUGCGGUUACCGUGCGCAACAAGUCGCUGGAGAACGCAGCUGCCUCAACAUCCAAAAUGUUUGCGGCCAUAGCGACCAAUCAUCUAAAAGCGCUGGGCGCUCUACAGGACGUGCCCACAUCCAGCGGUAGUAAGCCCAGCUCCAGUAAUGGCAACGGCAGUCGCUCCACAAAUGGCAGCAGUGGCGCUCCAGCGGCCGCUCCAUCAGUCGCUGCCAAGCCCAUUGGACGCCAUAAGACCAUUGUGGAGUGCAGCGCCGGCACGUCCAGUUCCUCGGCGGAGGAUUCGCGACAAAAGAAGUCUCAGACGAGGUCGCUAAGGCACAGCGACAAAGCAUACGGCUCGCCCGAUUCGCCGCUGUCCAAGAUGAACGUGAUGCCGAAUCCCCGUGACGAGCUGGACGCAGGUCUAUUGCCUCCUUCCAAGAGCAUUGCCGCUCUCGAGAUACCAACACCUGAGCGGCUGCUGCCUAUUGGCACACAGGAUACGGUUGCCACCUUGGUGGAGCGCAUGCGGGACGGUCUCAAUCUGCCGGACAUCAGCCAUCUCAAGCAGGACAGUUUAGAUGUUUCGGAGAGCACCAAGGACGAUGUAACGCCCAGCAGUCGCAACAACUCGCCGCGUCGCCUCAUUAAGCAGGUGGCGCUCGAGUCACCACCCAACCCGAAUGCACCGAUUGCUACUCCUUCUACUACACAGGCCCAACCACAGCCGCCAUUGCAGUCGCAUCCUCCGCAAGACCUGCACACAUCCAUUUUAAAGAACGUCACACAGGAUCUGAAGCAACAGCCCAGUGAACGACAACCGAACCUGCCUGGCACGUCGGCCACUUCCCAUAGCAUCAAGCGUCCCAGGCAGAAGCUGGCGCCCUUCAACGUAGACACCAAUGCCAUACCAGAUAUACGCUCGCGAUUCGCCGGCUCCUGGCCGCCACCGCCAUUCCAGCCAGCCGAGGAACCCGGCGAAGACGGCGAACAUACACCCGAAAUCGCAAAUGGACACACGACACACACCUCAGCUCAUGCGGAGCGAGGGAGCUCCCGACGCGUCGGCAACUAUACGAUUGUGGAACGCUGCUCUGAUUGCGGCGCAGUUAUCGAGGAGUACACGGAUGAGGAGAUUGGCAUAUUCAUUGUAAUCCUGGGCACAUUUAUUCACCGCGAGCCGGCAAUGGCAGCGCCAUUUCUGCCUGAGGUGCUGACCAUGACAUCGCGGAUUUGUCUGAGUGGCACCCAUGCCUGGCAGGGCGAGAACGGGCUGCCCUUGGCGAGCAGUGCCCAGGCCGUGGCACUGCAGUUCAUACGCUGCGUUCUGCAUCAGCUGGCCCCCAAUGGAAUCUUUCUGCAGGUUUUCCAGACCCAAAUGAAAAUUAAAAUACGGCACAACCAUUUCCGCAGCAUUGCCAAGGCGCUGCAAGACUUUCAGGAUUUGAAUGCAACCAGUCCCAUUUAUAUGGUCUGCGAGUCGCUGACCUCAAAGAAGGCGCUGCCCAUAGAUCAGCUGCCCAUCAUCUUCCGGAACAUGGCCGAGUAUCUGCAGUGUGUGCCCGCCGAGGCGGGCGUUGGCCUGGCCGUCUGGUCACAGGCCAUGCAGGCCAUGGAAUCAUUGCUGCGACAGGUCAUUGUCAUCAUGCCCAGCCUGAGCAAUUGCGAGUAUAUGCUGGAGCUCAUUGUAGCCACUUUACGCUUGAAUUGUGUGCCCAAGACGCUUUUGGAUCCAUACUCCAAGAUAAUGGCCCACUGUGUGCAAUACACCAACUUGGAAUACCAGACGCUCUACGAUCUGUGCACGCUCAACACACGCUCUUUCAACAAGGACCGCGACAAGAACUUACUUUGCCGACAAAUGAUCUUUGAGUUUGUCCAGGCGCUCAAGUUCAAGUCGAAUAUACCCGAUCAUAAUCUGCUAAUGAUCAUUGGAUUUGUGCUGCUAGAUGCGGGCGGUAGUUUACCACCAGGUGCAUUGCCUGGUUUGCCAGAAGCAGCGCCCGUGCUGACCACAAAUGCUGCAGACUGCUUUAGGCAGUACAUUAACGAUGUAAUUGAUUUUCUGGCCGAUUUCCACACCCUCAGCAAGAUCAAGAACUUCAAGAAUGGCCAGUCAAGCAGUGGCCUAGGCGAGGACACCUUGGGCGGCGUCCUUAAGGGCGCUGUGGCCCAAUAUCUGGCACUCGAGAUGUCCCGUGGCAGCUCACGCGAUCACAAGGCAGUCUCACGCUAUCUACCCUGGCUAAACAAUGCUCCGUCGUCGUUGCAGCAGGGUCCCAAAGAAUUCACGGAAUGUGUGGGUCAUAUGCGUCUGCUCUCGUGGCUGCUGCUGGGCUCACUUACCCAUAUGGCGUUGGUGCAGCGACGCCAAGAGACGCAUACGCUGCCACCAGUGCUGCCUCCAAAUAUAGCGCCCGGACAGGGUCUACCGCCGAUGGCUAGUGUGCAUUACCAGCAUCAAGGAGUCACGUACUCACAGCCUGUGCCGCAGGAGGCAUCCUGUCACAUAGCUGACCACAUACAGGUGAUUUUUGCGGGCUUUGCCGAGCAGUCAAAGACUUCGGUGUUGCACAUGUCGUCGCUUUUCCACGCAUUUACGCUUUGCCAACUGUGGACCGUGUACUUGGAGCAGAUGGCGCAUAACACCAACAGCAAUGCAGAAGGCAGCACAUUGGGCGUACUAUUUGAAUUUUGGACCAAGGUAACACCAAGCAUACUGCAACUGGUUUCGCAUGCCAAACCUGCCAACAAGGAGCCGCAUGCACAGGCUGGCAUCGACUUUCAAGCUCAGAAUGCCAACUCAAAGCUAUCGGAAAUGGUCAACUUACACUUCCUCAGCCUACUGGAAGCACUGAAGGAGACCAACUCCACGGUGCUGGGCAAAUUGCUGCCCAUGUGGAGCACUGUGCUCUCUUCGCAGACACAGCUAUCGGACACGCUUCAUGUGCGACUGCAAAAUGUUCGCGACUAUGCGCCAAACUUUGAAGAACAGCAAACGCAUAAAUCGGAAUCGCUGCUCAAGUGGUUACAGCGUUUGCAAUUUAAAAUGGGCCAAAUAGAGCUACAAGCCUCAACGGCAACACAGUUUUACUCGAUUUGAAUUUAAAGCUACUUAAAGGGCUUGUUUAGCCAACAUUUUUGUGUAGUCCGUCAUAGCGGACAUGGAUACUGCACCCUAGCAGCUAGCGAGAGAGUUGAUUAAUUGUUGGACAUCCACGAACUUAAAACGUUUGGUAGCUGAAAAAAAAAACAUAUAUAAAAUACAGUAAACGCAGAAUAACAUAUAAAAA